AUGAAGCCAGGGAAGACUUACAAGUACAGAAUCUGCAACGUCGGAUUCAAGUCAACUCUUAACUUCAGGAUCCAAGGACACAAGAUGAAGCUUGUUGAGAUGGAAGGCUCCCACGUUCUCCAGAACGACUACGACUCACUCGACGUCCACGUCGGACAGUGCUUCGCCGUUCUUGUGACCGCUGACCAAGUGGCAAAGAACUACUACAUGGUUGCAUCCACUAGGUUCCUCAAGAAGGAAGUGAGCACCGUUGGUGUGAUGAGCUACGCAGGAAGCAAAGUUCAGGCUUCAGCCGAGCUCCCCAAGGCUCCGGUCGGAUGGGCUUGGUCUCUCAACCAGUUCAGAUCCUUCAGAUGGAACUUAACCGCCAGCGCGGCUAGACCUAACCCACAGGGAUCUUACCAUUACGGAAGGAUCAACAUCACACGUACCAUCAAGCUUGCCAACACCAAGAAUGUUGUCAACGGAAAGGUCAGGUUUGGUCUCAACGGUGUGUCCCACGUUGACACCGAGACUCCCUUGAAGCUCGCUGAGUACUUCGGUUUUGCCGAGAAGGUCUUCAAAUACAACAUCAUCAAGGACGAGCCAGCAGCCAAGAUCACAGACCUAGUCGUCGCGCCAAAUGUCCUCAACAUCACUUUCCGUACCUUCGUCGAAAUCGUCUUCGAGAACCACGAGAAGAGCAUGCAAUCAUUCAAUUUGGAUGGUUACUCCUUCUUCGCAGUCGGUUCCGAGCCAGGGACAUGGACACCAGAGAAGAGACAGAACUACAACUUGCUCGAUGCUGUUAGCAGACACACCGUGCAAGUGUACCCCAAGUCGUGGUCAGCAAUCCUCUUGACAUUCGACAACGCUGGUAUGUGGAACAUCAGGUCAGAGAACUGGGAGAGAAGAUACUUGGGACAACAGAUGUACGUCAGUGUUCUCUCACCUGAAAAAUCACUAAGAGACGAGUACAACAUCCCACUCAACACCAACCUCUGCGGCAUUGUCAAGGGCUUGCCUUUACCUACCCCCUACACUAUUUAA